AACCAAACAGGACCAAUGUACUACAAUGGAAUUUAUCAUCUCUUCUACCAGUACAACCCGAAGGGAGCUGUGUGGGGUAACAUCGUUUGGGCUCACUCCAUCUCUAAGGACCUCGUCAACUGGGUCGCCCUUGACCCGGCAAUCUACCCGUCCAAGCCCUUUGAUAUAAAUGGGUGUUGGUCCGGAUCUGCCACCAUCCUCCCGGGCAACAAACCCGUCAUCCUCUACACCGGACUCGACCCCCAGAACAGGCAGGUUCAGAACUACGCCGUACCAGCUAACCUAUCUGACCCGUAUCUCCGUGAAUGGAUCAAACCCGACAACAACCCCCUCGUGGUUCCCACUCCAGACAUGAACUCGAGCGCGUUUCGUGACCCGACCACAGGCUGGAUCGGGCCAGACGGGCACUGGAGAAUGGUUGUCGGCAGCCGGAGGAAGCAUCGGGGAAUGGCCUACUUGUACCGGAGUAGAGAUUUCUUGAAUUGGGUCAAGGCGAAGCACCCGCUCCACUCUGCUCCGAAAACCGGAAUGUGGGAAUGCCCGGAUUUUUAUCCGGUUGCGGUCCACGGGCGGCACGGUUUGGACACAUCGGUGAUGGGAGAACACGUGAAGCAUGUGAUGAAGGUGAGCCUGGAUCUGACUCGAUUCGAGUACUACACGGUGGGUAAGUACUAUUUGGAUCGGGAUCGGUACGUGCCCGACAACACAUCGGAAGACGGGUGGGGCGGGUUGAGGUACGACUACGGGAAUUACUAUGCUUCCAAGACGUUCUUCGAUGCGGGGAAGCACAGGCGGAUCCUGUGGGGGUGGGCAAACGAGUCAGAUACCCCCAAAAACGACAUCGCAAAAGGGUGGGCUGGGAUCCAAACUAUUCCCAGGAGCGUGUGGCUUGACAGCAGCAAAAAGCAGUUGGUCCAGUGGCCCAUUGACGAGUUGAACACUCUCAGAGGCAAGAGCGUUGAAGUGAACCAUCGAAACCUCCACAAGGGAGAUUUUAUUGAAGUCAAAGGGAUCACAGCUGCCCAGGCUGAUGUUGAGGUGACAUUCACAAUUCCAAGUUUGGAGAAAGCAGAGAAGUUCGACCCGAGUUGGGUGAAUGCACAGGACCUGUGUGGGCAGAAGGGGUCGACAGUGCAGGGAGGGAUUGGGCCAUUUGGGCUGCUCACCUUGGCUUCAGAGCACCUGGAAGAGUACACUCCUGUGUUCUUUAGGGUUUUCAAAGCUGAGAACGACAAACAUGUGGUCCUCAUGUGCUCUGACGCCAGAAGUUCUUCAUUGAAGGAAGGACUGUACAGGCCAGCAUUUGCAGGCUUCGUGGACGUAGAUUUAUCCCAUGGAAAGCUCUCUCUUAGGAGUUUGAUUGAUCAUUCGGUGGUGGAAAGCUUUGGGGCGGGAGGGAAGACGUGCAUCACGUCUAGGGUUUAUCCAACCCUUGCAGUGUUUGAGAAGGCUCAUUUGUUUGCAUUCAACAAUGGGGCGGAGGCUGUCACUGUUGAUAAGCUGACGGCGUGGAGCAUGAAGAGUCCUGAGAUGAACAAAGUCCAUAUAGCAGACUGAUCCAGUUUCAUGUUCCAAUAUGAAUAUUGAUGGAGAGGAGUGUGAUAUUAAUUUAUUUAUUUAUAUUCUCAGCUAAAAUAGAUUAGGCAAGGGGUUUAAUUAAUCUUUUUGCUUUAAUUUGUGGGGAGAUGUUUAUUAAUUAGUACCUUUGUGUGUGCAAAUAAUGAAAACUUUUCAUGCGUAAUAAGAACGCU